AUGCGGGGUCCACUGGCAGCGUUCUCCGCGUUCCGGGGACCCGCGCGCGUGGGCAGCGCGCAUCUCCAAGCAUGCAUUUACUACCAGUCUUGCUUUGACGUUGUGUGGGGCCUCUUUGCCAUCAUCACCACAGCCAUGCGCCCCGGUGGGUUGAGUGGUCAAAUGGUGCGAGCCAUCAUCUAUUUCCUGCUGCUCAGUCUGGAGGUGGUGCGAUUGCUCCUGGGAAACGCCGGCAACAAGCGCGAGAAGGUGCUGCUGUUGGUUGCGUUUGAGCUGUUGACGUUUGUGCAGUCGACCAUCAUCUGGGUGGUCGUCUUUGUGUAUGAGCCAAGACCACUCGAGUAUGGCGGGAAUAUCCUGUUUGUCACGUUCAUCCUCGUGGAGUUUGUGGUGUGCUUCCCUGCGCUGUCGGCAAUCAACCGGGAGGAAGUGAGCCGAUUUGCCAUGCUGUACCGGGAAACAACGCUCUGA